ACACACACGCUCGCGAUCGCCGCCGCGCCGCACGCGCACAUAUUGCGACAGUAUCAGGUUAAAAAAUAUCAACAAUAUCAUAUUGAAUAUGGCAGCUGUGAAAAGAGCAAUUGUGUUUGGAACAGUAAUUCGCUAUACUGACCGUGAACUAGGUGUCUGAAGGACUUAAGAGGCCAAGUGUUUAAUCAUGGCAAAUGAAAAUGUAGUCAUCCCUGUUCUUGAUGAGGAUGGAGAUGAUACUGAUAUGGAAGAAAUGUUGGAGUUGCUGAACGACAGAGCUAACCCAGAGAAACCAACCUUAGAAGAACAGCUUGCCAACUUCAGACAAGAAUGGCAACUAGAGUUGGUGAAUGUACCCAAAGGUCAAGGUGAUAGCCGUGGUAGUCCUGUGUUACGCGGCAGUCCAGCCCCCGCUGGCAAUCCAGCCCUGCAGGGAAGUCCUUCCCCACAGCCAGGACAAAGGUCAUCAUCCCCUUCGAUGAGAGGAUCAGAGAAGAAGAAAAAUUCAGCUAGAUCCUCUCCCUCUGUGGUUGGGACAGAACAGCAGAGGAAUGAUGAAACAGGUCCUGGUUCCAUAAAGGGAAGAGAGGAGGCCUUGAGGAGUAGCAACAAGAGUUCAUUAAGAGAGCCUAAGGAUGAGAGUGAUGUAGAGGUUUCAUCUCUCUUGACUGAAUCGGUAGAAGAAAAGGCAAAGUAUUUGUUCAAGCAAGGUGUAAAACAUGAAAGAAUUGGCAGAAUGUAUGAAGCGGUCAUGUUUUACAAGCAAGCAAUGCAGCUUGUACCAGAUGUGGAAAGCCGUGUGCAAGAGAGCGAGGGAAACAGCAACAGUGGUAGCAACCAGGUCUCAGACGAUGAAGAUGAUGACCCUGAUGAAAUAGAGACUUUGUCAAUCCAGCUUCAACUGAUGACCACAAAUGAUCUUAGAUCUUCAUGCUAUAACAAGACACCUCAGACUGCAACCCACAUCUCUUCGCUGCCCAUUGAGGUUCUGCUCUACAUCUUCCGUUGGGUUGUGACCUCUCGCCUUGACCUGCGAUCUCUGGAGCAACUUUCCAAGGUGUGUCGAGGUUUCUAUGUAUGCUCUAGGGAUAGUGAGAUAUGGAGGAAGGCAUGUGUGAGAAUGUGGGGGAAGAAGUCGUAUCUGAUGAAGGAGUACGUCUCGUGGCGUGACAUGUUCAUCCAUCGUGCCCAUCCCCACUUCAAUGGUGUUUACAUCAGUCGAGUCACCUACAUCAGACAGGGGGAACCGAGCAUGGAUGUGUUCUAUAAACCAUGGCAUCUGGUGGAAUAUCAUCGAUUUCUCAGGGUCUUUCCCGAUGGUACCAUCAUGAUGGUAAGCUCAUCGGAAGAUCCUCAAAGUGUUGUGAGUAAGAUGCAUAAGAACUAUCCCAUGUCUGGUCGAAUGUUAGGACAGUACUUCAUUGAUGGAAACAUAUUGUCAGCUGUCCUUGACAAGGAGAAGGUCAAGGAGAUUGAUACGGGCCGGCGUUACAUGCGACAUCGCAAUGCACAGCAGAACCUACCGGAUUCAGAGCAGACUUUUGAGUUGGAGCUGAAUAUUACUAGCUAUGGUCGGAGACCAAACAUGAAGUUAGAAUGGAAGCGGUAUGCUUGUCGCACUCUAUACAGGUCAACUGGGAAUGAGAACAUCACAGAGUUUGAUAUGACUCACCAGUUCUAUCCGUUCUACUUCUCUCGUGUGAAGAGCUAUGCAACGACUGCUGAAACCCUCCUCUAGACUAGCUCCCCUUCGUGUAUCAGGUGACCACUGAGUCAGGUGAUCAGUCACAUGUUGCAGUCACAUCACAGUGUGGCUAUACAGAGCUCAUAUGUUCCUUUUACCUUGUCAAUGCUUUUUGUACUAGUGUUUUGUCAAAUUAUGUUUUGUACUGUUAAGUUAUUCAGGAAAUGGAAUCUGAAUAAUUCUCUUUACUAAGCAUAUGAAAAGAUUGGUCCUGCAGCAUUUUUUUCCAUAAGACAUUAACUCACAAAGGUAGCUUAACUUUAAACCAUGGGUUAAAUUGUAUCAUAUCAAAUAGUUUUAUUAUAACCCAUGGAAUAACUUUUACACCCCGACGUUAAUAUCAGUGAUUUUAAAAUGUUGGAGAAGUUGACUCAAGGGCUAAAAUAUGCCACAUGGAGUCAACCAGUGUGUUGCCUCGACCCACCUCUUAAGGCAAAUUUUAUCACCAUUUUGUUCAAUUUAAUCAUAUGACAUCUAGAUAGAUCCUUGUCAUUUGAUUGGCUGUUUGAUGUCAAUCAUUCUACAAUGGUGUUAUCUUUGUGAAAUUUUGGAUCCAUACAAUUUUUUCUAUUGCAAGAGCGCACUGAGACCGCAGGCACCACAAGUAAAAACUCUUUGUGUUCGCAGCAUGCGUCUUGUAUGUACACGACAGUCAACAGACCGAGCUUGCACUACAUAAGCUUACUUUGCAUCAAAAUCCAUGAAUUUCAAAUAAAAAGGGAUAUAUUUUUAGGUGUCAUAUAAAUAAAAUAAUGAAUGUUAUUUUCAUUUGAGCAAUGGACAGAAUACUUAAUUCAGUGAAAGAUGAAAUGAAUGAUCCAUUCAACUUGGCUACGCUUCAUUAAAUUGAUCAUUUCAUCUUUCACCUCAUGAAGUAUUCUGUCCAUUGCACUCAUAAACAUUCAUUUGUAUCCAAAGAUAACCCCCUCCCCAUGUCAAGUUGGCCCAUACAGUGAGUUCUGUAAGUUUCUUGUUUCACAAUAAUUUGUUGGUUAGGAUUAGAGACACAGGCCUACUUAAAAGUCAAGUCCACCCCAGAGAAAUGUUGAUUUGAAUAAAAAGAGAAAUAUUAAUCAAGCAUUAUGUUGAAAAUUUCAUCAAAAUCGGAUGUAAAAUAAGAAAGUUAUGACACUUUAAAGUUUUGCUUAUUUUUGACAAAAUAGUGAUAUGCACAACUCAAUUGAGAAAGUCGAUGAUGCCUCUCACUCACUAUUUCUUUUUUAUUGUUUGGAUUAUACAAUAUUUCAUUUUUUAUAGAUUUGACAAUAAGGACCAACUUGACUGAAACAUAUAGUAUUAACAAUGCUCAUUCCACAUGUUCAGGGAGGAAUUAAUCGUUGUUUCACUUGACAAUGAGGAGAAAAAUGGAAUAUUCCCCAUUUCAUAUAAUACAAAAGAAAUAGUGAGUGGAUGAUGUCAUCAGUCUCCUCAUUUGCAUACCCACCAGGAUGUGCAUAUAACUGUUUUGUAAAAUUAAGCAAAACUUUAAAAUGUCAUAACUUUCUUAUUUUACAUCUAAUUUUGAUGAAAUUUUUAGUGUUAUGCUUGUUAGAUUUUUCUCUUUUUAUUCAAAUCAACUUUUUUUUGGGGUGGACUUGUCCUUUAACCCUUUGAACACUGAAUUAUUAGGGGCGGUGGUGACCCAUACCCUGAAUUAUUUGCACAUAUCGACCACAUUGACAAAAUCCCAUGAUUCGAGACCCAACGGUAUCUUCCCCCGCUAGUACCCGGACCGAGCCGGCUGAAGUUGUUUACCUUCUCGUAGAACUAGUCUACAAACAGAAAUAUCAACUUUAGUGUCUGUUUUGGGCUCAAAAUCACUGUUUUCACCAAAGUCAGAUAUAUCAAUUGCUUCCUCAUAGUAAACACAUGACUCGCCGCGUAUUACACCAUGUAUUACCGCAGAAAAGUGGCAUAUUUGGGCCAUUUUUUAUGCUAAAUCCUUCCGAAAUCAUUGCAAAUCUUGACUGAAAUUAUCGACUAAAUAUUCCUACACGUACUAGAAAGAUGACGUCAUUUUAAAAGAUCACCUGACAUUUAGAAUCCAUGUUUUUGAAGUCACAUGGCCCUAUCCGGCCUAUCAGGUAUAUGCGCGUUUACUGAAUCCGGCCUAUCGGGUUCAAAGGGUUAAAUUUCAUAUUGGCUUAAUGUGGAUUUUUCAUAUUAGGAAUUAUUGCAGGAGCUUAGCUAUAUGUUGACAUUUAAUUCUCUUGUUGCCAGCACCUAAGCCUUGUUUCAGAAAUCUUAUGAUGAUAUUCUACCUUUAUAUAGCCCUUAAUACACUAAGAUGUUUUUAAAUGUUCUACAGAUAUAAAGGUACCCCCCCCUCCUUGUUACAGAUUUUUGCAUACCCACAAAUGAUCUUUGCACUUUCUCCACUCCCUGGUGAGCACUCCAUCAAGAGCGACCAAGCUUGAAAUACUAAAUUGGUUUUUGGUUCCUGCCGAGUAGUAUUUCACACCUGGGUGGAGAGUGUGUUUUAUUUUGCUUUUGUAUAAUAUAUUGAUGAUCAUCUACAAGCUCAGCUAAAAAAAAAGAUAUGUUAUUCCUAUCAUGUCAAACCAAUGUUUUGAAUCCUUUAUUUAACUCAUUUUGAUGUGAUUUUAAGAAUACACUCAAAUAUUGUAACAUAUUCAAAGAUUAUUAUAUUGUGAUAAAACAUUUAUUUUUUAAUGACAAAAGGUCAAAAGUUGAAAUAUACCUAGUAAAUCAUAUUUACACAUGCAGCACUUUUUGUAAAUCAAAGUAGGUGCCUUUCAAUAUUGCAAACUGGACACUUUUGAGCAAUUAAUAUUGUAACAAUUUAAUUUACAGGCAAGUGAUUUAUGAGUAAUAUUGCUAAAUAGAUUUAUGCAUAGAGUACACUGUAUUUUCAAAGUUUCCAGUUUUCAAUCAUAAUUAGUGAUAAUGGUUAAUUAUAUUUUAAUCAUCAUUACAUGUACAUUUGUAUGAGAUUAUCGGUAAAUAUGAAGUCACUAUUUGGAUGCAGCAUUAUCUUUAAAACUAUAAUUAUGUGUAUAUGAUAUUUUCUACUUAUUCUGCCAAGUUUUUUUUUUUUUUCAAAAAGGUUUAUGCUGCAUGCUAUUUUGUUGACCCCAUAGAAUCCUGUACUUGCCUUAUCAAAGAAGGAUUAUAUUAAUAUGGCAUCAAUUCCAGUAUUAAGUUUGAAUUCAUUGUUUCAUUGUCACUUUUUCAUCAUGCAUCUAUGAAGUUUUGUUCAUAUUUUAACCAAGAGUGUUAUCUUGAAGAACUAUUUUUAGACUAGAUAUUUAGUGUUCACUACCCUCCGCCCCUGAAACUUAAAGACCCUUAACAUAGGCAUGCUAAAGUGUGGACACAUGACCGACAAAAAUGUACCCUAUUCUUGCUGAUGAGAGAUGUUAUUUCAAUAAUAUGAAUUUAUUUCAGUACUUGUAGAUUUGAAUAGAUUUGUUGUGUUUUAAAAUAUGGUUGAUAUACUUUGUUUUUAUUUUAGCCUUUCUUCAGUCAGGAGUUCAAUAUUUUUUGUGUAUUGAGACUAAGGCAACCAAAGAAUGAUAAAUUACAACAUAAUUGAAAUCCCAUGUUUUCUUAAAUCUCUACUACAUAAAUCGAAACCAUGUCUUUGUGCAGUACAGGGGAAAAAAGCCCUUGUAAACAGUGGAAGGUAGUUUAAAUAUUUACUGUAUUAACUUUAUUCAUCCCUUUUUUUUGUCUCACCUGCAUAGCAGAGUGAGACUAUAGGCGCCGCUUUUCCGACGGCGGCGGCGGCGGCGGCGACGGCGGCGUCAACACCAAAUCUUAACCUGAGGUUAAGUUUUUGAAAUGACAGCAUAACUUAGAAAGUAUAUGGACCUAGUUCAUGAAACUUGGCCAUAAGGUUAAUCAAGUAUUACUGAACAUCCUGCCUGAGUUUCAUGUCACAUGACCAAGGUCAAAGGUCAUUUAGGGUCAAUGAACUUAGACCAUGUUGGGGGAAUCAACACCAAAUCUUAACCUGAGGUUAAGUUUUUGAAAUGACAGCAUAACUUAGAAAGUAUAUGGACCUAGUUCAUGAAACUUGGCCAUAAGGUUAAUCAAGUAUUACUGAACAUCCUGCCUGAGUUUCAUGUCACAUGACCAAGGUCAAAGGUCAUUUAGGGUCAAUGAACUUAGACCAUGUUGGGGGAAUCAACACCAAAUCUUAACCUGAGGUUAAGUUUUUGAAAUGACAGCAUAACUUAGAAAGUAUAUGGACCUAGUUCAUGAAACUUGGCCAUAAGGUUAAUCAAGUAUUACUGAACAUCCUGCCUGAGUUUCAUGUCACAUGACCAAGGUCAAAGGUCAUUUAGGGUCAAUGAACUUUGGCCGAAUUGGGGGUAUCUGUUGAAUUACCAUCAUAACAUAAUAGUAAUCAAGUAUUACUGAACAUCCUGUGCAAGUUUCAGGUCACAUGAUCAAGGUCAAAGGUCAUGUAAGGUCAAAGAACUUUGGCCACGUUGGGGGUAUUUGUUGAAUUGCCAUCAUAUCUCUAUAAGUGUAUUGGUCUAAUUCAUAAAACGUGGAAAUACGAGUAACCAAGUAUCACUGAACAUCUUGUGCGAGUUAUAGUAGUUUUCAAAAUCAGCACUGCUGCUAUAUUGAAUCGCGUGAUGCAGGUGAGACGGCCAGAGGCAUUCCACUUGUUUUCUAUGCUGUCUCUCUGCAUCUUUAGAUUUUAAUUCUUUCACUGUAGCCCACUCUCCACAUCUUACUCCUAUUAAGUGGUGUUUCAGAGAAGAUUCAUUAUAGAUUUGAUGGUUGAUCCAUCCAAAUAUAUAUUUUGAAAUGUGUAAAUACAAAUAUGUAAUUUUUUUUUUCUUCACACUUCAGAAAUAUUGAAAUUAUGCCAGACACAUGUUAAUAUCUAUAUUGAAAUUAUGCCAGACACAUGUUAAUAUCUACUAUGUAUUUAAUUUCAUUAUCAAACAUAUCAACAUAGAGCUUUUAUUUACAUUUGUUUGCAUAAUCACUUUACACAUGUGUAACCUUUAUCCCAACAUAUACAUUUUGUUACAGGAGCAAGAUUUAGCUUUCAACGGCAUGUAUGCACAUUCUUUAGCCUUUUUGUCUAUAAUUUUGCUGAUAAAUGAUUACUUCAUAUGUAUAUAAAUUGAAAUUAAAUAAUAUCAACAAUUUA